UCAGUCGUACAGGUUUGUUCGCGUCGUUCGGUCGGAACGGCCUGUGAUUCUCGUGGUGCACGAUCGCCGCACCGUAAAACAAUAAUAAUCGUUUUUGUCUUUCACUGAUAUUCUAUGCGUACCAGCCAUGCACUCGGUACGUUCGUCAGUGUGAUGUUCCGGCUAUUAUCGUCUCCGAUCUAAACGUUUAUAGCCACGGUAUUGUAUGGUACAUAAGGUACGGUGUUGGAUACUGCCGCGAUAUACCCGCGACCGUCGCCCUGGGUGCAGCACAACACACAAAGGGUGAUGAAUCAGUAGUGUGCCAACAUUACGCGGCGCGGUGAUCAUCSGGCAGUCAUGUCACCGCACUUCAGUCAACGACAGCCGCCGCAGUACGCCUUCCGCGACGGUGACGACGACUACAGUUGUUAUUACCACUCCGGUUCGUUAUCCGGCGUCCCACGGUUCCCCGUUCCAACAACAAUCGCCGGUCAACAAUAUUUCUGCGCAGCCCCGAUAGCUUCCGGUUCGCCGCGCCGACGAUGACGGCGUUAUCAUGACCGACCGCCGGUACAGCGGUAGCUGCGGAAGCAGCAGCAGCAGCAGCAGCAGCAGCAGCAGCAGCAGCAGCAUCAGCAAUAACGGCAACAACAGUAACAACGGCUACAGGUGCGGAAUCAAAACGCAACUGCAUGCACCGUCGUCGGGCCGAUGUAACUACCACAACAACAACAACAACAACAACUGCAAAACCGGUGUCAUCCGACCGACGACGGCCGCCAUGCACGUGAGGAAGACGUGGAAGACCACCGUGGUGAUAUUUCUGGCCGUGGCCGCCGUCACUACGGUCACCGCGGCGUUUUACUUCAAUUACGCGGCGACCGCGUGUUGCGCUGUCGCGCCGCUGUCUUCUGCGUCGCUGCUCCAGGAACGGUCCAACACMGCGGCCGCGGCCGCUGGCAACGAGCUGAGCCGGUCCAAGCUCGUUGGCUCUUCGGCUGUACGCACUUCAAAGCUGUACACCGUGUGCGAAACWCGCGAUCRCCUACGCAGCCCCGCCGACCAGGACAGAUUCAGCCGCCAUCGGCGACAAGCAGACGACAGCACAACCGUCAAUACCGUCGAUAAAAACGGAGGAACUAAUUACAGUGACAAUGGGGAAGGCGAAACUGCCCGUAACGGUGGCGGAGGAAACGAUACUGCUCUUAUUUAUUUCAUYACGCCUACAUAUCCACGGCGUGAGCAAAUCCCCGAGCUCACCAGAUUGGGACAGACACUAAUGCACGUCUCCCGACUUUAUUGGAUUGUAGCCGACGAUCGUCCAGACUGCAGUYUACAAAUAAUGAACCUACUGCCCGAUUUCAGCAUUCCUUACACGUAUAUUGCCAGCCCUAUGCCAUCGAUAUAUAAACGCAAGCCUGAUGCCAUGCCACGUGGUGUUUCCAACCGUAGAGCUGCUCUCAACUGGAUAAGACUGAACCAUAAUAUUAAUAACUCAAACGCUGUCAUUUAUUUUGGCGAUGAUGACAAUACGUUUCAUCUGGACCUUUUCAAAGAAAUACGCUCUACAAAAAAAAUAUCAAUGUUUCCGGUUGGCUUAGUCGGAGAGUAUGGUGUUAGUUCACCAAUUAUUGAUAAAGGAAAAGUAGUUGGCUUUUUUGAUAGUUGGCCAGCAAAAAGAAAAUUUCCUGUGGACAUGGCUGGAUUUGCUAUUAAUGUUCAACUUUUAUUCAAAUAUCCUUAUGCUAAUAUGCCAUAUAAGGUGGGUUUUGAAGAAGACCGCUUCCUGUCAGCAUUAGGUAUUCGAUUAGAUGAAAUUGAACCAAAGGCAGAAAAUUGUACCAGGAUUUUGGUUUGGCACACUCAAACAGCGAAGAAACCUAAGCCAAUAGUGAUGGUCAGAUCCAAAGCCACAUUGCCUGGUUCACUUGCUACUCUACUCGAUCAAGUGACUAUGUUAGGUAUAGGUGGAGUGAGUGAAACCACAGGUGUACGCAGUUAUAUGACAAAAAAUGGUAAUAUUUUUAGGGUAUAA